AUGGCUGUCAAUCCCUCAAAACGCUCUUUUGAGUCUUUCUCAGGGCCCGAUUCGAUCGUCCUAUCACAAUUACCAUCUUCGAAAAAGACGCGUCCCAAUGCCGCUCCCGAUCCAGCGCUCUGGGACAUGAUAACCAAACUACCACCAUUGACAGCGCAGACAAUACUUUGGCAGAUAUGUUCGGAAAAUCCCACGAGUGCAGAACACGUUAUUACUGCGCACAAAUCUCGCCUUACCGAAGAAGCCAAUCGUCCUCCUGCAACGUUUGAUCAUCAUUCGAAGGCUUGCUGGUACACCCUGAAUAAAGAAUUCAAGCGAUUAUCAAGCCACGCGCAAUGGGAUAUGAUCGGGCGCGUCGACCACACAUUGGGAGAAAAUUUGACUGCUGUGAUGGAGCAAGCCGGACCGGCUACGAGAUGGGAAACGCGAAGAAAUGCCCUUGAAGUUCUGCGAAAGAUUAGCAAGAGCAUCAUGUUGUGCGGGGAACAUCUGAUAAGACGUGAGCUCAUGAAGGAUGGACUUACUCUGGGGGGUUUCGCGGAAAGCAUGCUUAAGUUGGCAAAGGGCAUGAUGAAAGAGGAACGCGACAGGUAUAAAGAGGAGGGCUUAUAUGAGAAGCUGGUCGACCUGCAAAAUGAGUGCGAUUGGCAGACUGACAUGGAAGGCUUGCAAGAAAUAUAUGAGUUGUUUGAUGGAGAUUUAGAUGACGAUAACGACGAAGACAACGAAGAUGAAGCGCCAAGCGAUACUGCUGAUUUCGAGGAAAUACAACCUCCUCCGAUGUCUCCUAUACCCCAGCGAAAACGAGUAUUCAGCGUGAUUGAACUCGAUUGA